UCUUUCACUUUUCGUAGUGUUUGUGAAUGAAGAAGGGAAUGAAGUGGCAGAGAAAGCAAUAGAUGUUGCUAUGAUGUAUAUCAAGAAAAACAAUAAGCUGGGUCUCAGCGUAGACCUACGAAGAGUUGUCGGGAACAGAACCGAUUCCACAAAUUUCUUGGAAUUCCUAUGUUCCACGUACAAUUCGAUGCUCGAAAGUCAAACCUACCCUCACAUGGUUCUGGACACGACAAUGACUGGUCUUGGUUCGGAAACAGUAAAAUCAUUCACGCAAGCCCUAGCAUUGCCUACUAUCACUGCUUCGUUCGGCCAAGAGGGCGAUUUGAGACAAUGGAGAAACAUCGAUGAAGAUGAGAAAGAGUACUUGGUGCAAAUUUGUCCGCCAGCCGACAUCAUACCAGAAAUCGUACGGACCAUCGUGCUCUAUCAAAAUAUCACCAAUGCUGCCAUUUUGUUUGAUCAAAGUUUUGUGAUGGAUCACAAGUACAAGGCCCUCCUUCAAAAUGUUGCGACGAGGCACAUCAUAACUCCAAUAGGUAUGGGAAACACAGUUGCUGAUCAGUUGAUGCAGCUUCGUAAGCUAGACAUCGUCAAUUUCUUUGUACUGGCGAAUUUGAAUAACAUCAAACGAGUGUUAGAUGCCGCUGAUUCAAUCAGUUUCUUUAACAGAAAGUUUGCCUGGCAUGUCAUCACUCAGGAUGAUGGUGAUAUCAAAUGCGUUUGUAGGAACGCCACAAUCAUGUUCGUGAAGCCCUUACCAAAUACGGCGAAUCAAGAUCGGUUAGGAACUAUGCAAAGGACUUACCAACUGAAUGCAGAACCGACAAUAGCUGCCGCGUUUUACUUUGAUUUAGCAUUGCACUCCUUUAUGGCUAUCAAGGAAAUGAUUUCGGAUGGAGCAUGGAAGAAAAACAAUGUCACUAAGUACAUAACAUGCGAUGACUACAAUGGACAUAAUAGCCCUAAAAGAAUAGGACUAUCGCUCAGAAAAUAUCUAUCUAAGGAAUCUACCGAACCGCCAACAUACGGCCAGUUCCUAAUCAAUCAAAAUGGAAACAGUUACAUGGACUUUCAAAUGGCGAUAUCCUCUGUCGGUGUCAGGGAUGGAGCGUCAGACAAAUCCUUCAAUCUUGGGUCUUGGACCUCGGGAUUUGACAACAACUUGACUCUUAUCGAUCAAAAAGUUAUGAGCAAUUUGACAGCAGAUGUUGUUUAUAGAGUCGUUACUGUCAUCCAAAAACCUUUCGUAUUUCCCGACGAAAAUGCUCCAAAGAAAUACAACGGAUAUUGUAUUGAUCUUAUCGAAAAGAUCGCUACAGAGCUUAAGUUUGACUAUGAAAUCAAUGCGGUUGAUCAUUUUGGAGUGAUGGACGAGAAUGGAAAAUGGAAUGGCCUUGUUAAGGAAUUGAUGGAGAAAAAAGCUGACAUAGGCUUGGGAUCAAUAUCAGUGAUGGCUGAAAGAGAAAAUGUGAUAGAUUUCACUGUCCCAUACUACGAUUUGGUAGGAAUAACGAUACUGAUGAAACUCUCACAAACACCAACCAGUUUGUUCAAAUUUUUGACUGUACUUGAAAACGAAGUGUGGUUGUGUAUCUUAGCUGCAUAUUUUUUCACAAGUUUUUUGAUGUGGGUGUUCGACCGCUGGUCCCCAUAUAGUUACCAAAACAAUAGAGAAAAGUACAAAGACGAUGAAGAAAAAAGAGAAUUCAAUUUGAAGGAAUGCCUUUGGUUCUGCAUGACGUCACUAACACCCCAAGGGGGUGGAGAGGCGCCUAAGAAUCUGUCCGGCAGAUUGGUUGCUGCUACUUGGUGGUUGUUUGGGUUCAUCAUCAUUGCCUCUUAUACUGCUAACUUGGCUGCUUUUUUAACUGUAUCAAGGCUAGAUACUCCUAUUGAGUCAUUGGAUGAUCUGUCUAAGCAGUACAAGAUUCAAUAUGCACCGCUGAAUGGUUCAUCGACUCAAACAUAUUUCGAAAGAAUGGCGAAUAUUGAAGCAAGGUUCUAUGAAAUAUGGAAAGAAAUGAGUCUGAAUGACAGUCUCUCUGAAGUGGAACGAGCUAAACUUGCAGUUUGGGACUAUCCAGUGAGUGACAAAUAUACGAAGAUGUGGCAAGCAAUGAAAGAAGCUGGUCUGCCAAACACCCUGGAGCAGGCUGUAGCCAGAGUAAGAGCUUCUAAGUCUUCUAGUGAAGGAUUCGCUUUUCUAGGAGAUGCUACCGACAUUAAGUACUUGGAGAUCACUAACUGUGAUUUGACGAUGGUGGGAGAAGAAUUUUCCAGAAAACCUUACGCUAUUGCUGUUCAACAAGGGUCGCCACUUAAGGAGCAAUUCAACUCUGCGAUACUGCAAUUGUUGAACCGCAGAGAGCUGGAACGCUUGAAAGAGAAAUGGUGGAACAAGAACCCAGAAAAGCAAGAUUGCGAAAAAGCUGAUGAUCAAUCGGAUGGAAUCAGUAUUCAAAAUAUUGGCGGCGUCUUCAUAGUCAUUUUCGUUGGUAUUGGCUUAGCAUGCAUUACCCUAGCUUUUGAGUACUGGUGGUACAAAUACAAGAAAGUAACCAACAUCGUGGAGGUGCAGGAGGCGCCCCUCCACAAGCAACACAGUUUUCAGGAAAUUGAAGGGUCCAAAACUAGGGACAAAGUCAAAUUCAAAGAUACUACUUCUUAUCCAAGGGCGAGAUUUUGAGUCAUAUUUAAUUUACGUUAUAUCAGUUUCAUGAUAUGUCUUAAAAUGUUAUAUAAAUGGUAUAUUUAAUUACCAUAUACACAUCUUAGCUGUAGUGUAAGUAUUGUAAAAAUUCACAAUAAAGCGUAAUU